CGCUUCGGGAAUUGACCUUUGACCGAGGGACACAAAUAAGGCCAGGCAGCAGCCGGGGCGGAGAGCAGAGGGGCGUGCGAAGGAGAGAGCGCCGAGCGGCUCCUCGUUUCGACGCGGCGGUCCCUGCGGGGGUCGCUCACACCCGCCAGCCCCAUGGACGUUAUAUUCGGCAGGAGCAAGAAGGAGCAGCUGGAGCCUGUACGGGCCCAGGUGACAGGCAGGAUUCCGCCCUGGUUGCAGGGGACUCUGCUUCGCAACGGACCCGGGAUGCACACGGUGGGCGACAGCAGGUACAACCACUGGUUUGACGGCCUGGCCCUGCUGCACAGCUUCACCAUCAGGGACGGUGAGGUCUAUUACAGGAGCAGAUACCUGAGAAGUGACACCUACAAUGCCAAUAUCGAGGCAAACAGGAUCGUGGUGUCAGAGUUUGGAACGAUGGCAUACCCCGACCCCUGCAAAAACAUCUUCUCCAAAGCAUUCUCCUACCUGUCCCACACCAUCCCCGACUUCACAGACAACUGCCUGAUCAACAUCAUGAGGUGCGGGGAAGACUUCUAUGCGACCACAGAGACCAAUUACGUGAGGAGGAUCGACCCUCGGACACUGGAGACCCUGGAGAAGGUGGAUUACCGGAAGUAUGUGGCGAUAAAUCUGGCAACAGCACAUCCUCAUUAUGAUGGGGCUGGAAAUGUUCUCAACAUGGGCACAUCCAUUGUGGACAAGGGGAGGACAAGAUACGUGAUAUUUAAAAUCCCCGCCGCAGUGCCAGAGGCCAAGAGCAAGGGGAAGAGCCCCCUGAAGCACGCGGAGGUGUUCUGCUCCAUCCCCGCCCGCUCGCUCCUCUCCCCCAGCUACUAUCACAGCUUCGGGGUCACCGAGAACUACGUGGUGUUUCUGGAGCAGCCGUUCAGGUUGGACAUUCUCAAGAUGGCGACCGCGUACAUGCGGGGAGUGAGCUGGGCGUCUUGCCUGGCUUUCCACGGGGAGGAUAAGACUCACAUUCAUAUCAUCGACCAGAGGACCCGGAAGCCGGUGCCCACCAAGUUCUACACGGAUGCCAUGGUGGUCUUUCAUCACGUCAACGCCUACGAGGAAGACGGCUGCGUUGUGUUCGACGUCAUCGCCUAUGAGGACAGCAGCCUGUACGACCUCUUCUACCUGGCCAACCUGAACCAGGACUUCGAGGAGAACUCCAGGCUCACGUCGGUGCCAGCCCUCAGGAGGUUUGCCGUGCCGCUCCACGUGGACAAGAAUGCAGAAGUGGGCUCCAAUCUGAUCAAAGUGGCAUCUACAACAGCAACUGCCCGGAAGGAGAGGGACGACCGGGUCUACUGCCAGCCUGAAUUGCUGUCUGAAGGGCUGGAGCUCCCGCGGAUCAAUUACGCUCACAACGGGAAGCCGUACAGAUACAUCUUCGCUGCUGGGGUUCAGUGGAGUCCAAUCCCAACAAAGAUACUAAAGUACGACAUUCUCACCAAGUCAUCCUUAAAAUGGGGAGAAGAGAACUGCUGGCCGGCAGAGCCCCUGUUUGUGCCCGCACCGGAUGCCAAGGAUGAGGACGACGGAGUUAUCUUGUCAGCCAUUGUCUCUACUGACCCCCAAAAGCUGCCUUUCCUGCUGAUUCUGGAUGCCAAGAGCUUCACCGAACUGGCUCGUGCCUCUGUUGCGGUGGAGAUGCACCUGGACCUCCAUGGCUUGUUCAUCCCCGAGUCGGACUGGGCUGCAAGGAAGCGGGCCGCUUCUGAGGCACAGCAGGACCCGGCCUCAGACUGCCAGGGGCCCCACCGACCUGAAGGAGCUGGCGGGCUUGGGCUCCCCUGGCAGGCCGCUCAGGACUAAGCUUGCCACUGGUGGAGGGUCCCAAACUUCAUUCUCAUGUGUCCUCUUUGUGGGUGCCGUGUGGGAGCAUGGAGACAGAGAUCGCUAGCAUCUCUUCUUCCGUUUCAUUUUAGCCAGAGAGCUGGGCGUGAUGGUGUACACCCGUAACCUCAGCACUCAGCUGGCUGAGCCCGGAAGAUUGCUCCAAGUUUGAAGCCAGCCUGAGAUGUCUAGUGAGCUCAAGUCCAGCCUGAACUGCAUAGCAGUUCACCCUGUCUCAAAAAACCAAAACACUAACACAAAACACCAUAAAGGGCUUAUUUGCAAGCCAAAUAUUUAUUGUUUAGUUCUAACACUUCUAAGAAAGCCUUUUUCCUUUAUUAUGAAGACCUUGGUCAUGAAUCAGAAAUUGUAUUCAAUCACAUAUCAUCGUUCUUGGAAUAGGCUGCACAAAUAUGCUGGAGAAAAGACAGAUACCUAUUGAUCGUUGCUCCUCCCUCCUCCUCUCCUCCUCUCCUCCUCUGCCUCCCUCCUUUCUUUCGGACCCGCUCCUGGGUGUGGAGUUCCAGCUUUCUCAGCCGUGCCCUGUUAGUGAGCCAUGUGGCCAGGAAGGCUUGCUGCUUUGUGAUCAUUCCACGCAAGACGUGGUGUAAUAUAAAAGAAUAAAAAGUUUAAAGUCUG